AUGUCCAUCCCGGUUCUCCGUAUGACCUUUGCGGCGCGGGAUUUCCAUUGCUUCCUGGGAAAUGUAGUUCUAGUGAGCGCCUGCGCGAUGAGUCCCCGCUGGGGAUGCGGGACCCCUACCGGAACGCUGGGGACGCGUCCGGUAGAAUGUGUCUCUGCUGGCCACAACGAGGACAACGGUGCACUCGUGGCUUUCAGAGGAAUUCCUAUCUCAGAGCUGAAGAACCACAGCAUUCUCAAGGCCCUGACCACAGAACCGAAUGGCUGGCAGCCAGGCGCUGUGAGUGCAGAGGUGCUCAGAGCCCAGGAAGAGUGGGGAGUGGUGGACACCAUCCAUCCAGACACAGGUGAGCAGGGAAAUGGCGCUCAGCCUGGCCAGCUCGUCUCUUUCAGUGAGGCCCUGCAGCACUUCCAGACCGUGGACCUCUCCUCCUUCAAGAAAAGAAUCCAGCCAACUAUUCGAAGGACUGGGCUCGCCGCCCUUCGGCAUUGCCUCUUCGGGCCACCAAAGCUGCACCAGGGACUUCGGGACGAAAGAGACUUGGUCCUCACCAUUGCUCAGUGUGGCCUGGACAGCCAAGACCCAAUGCAUGGCCGAGUGCUCCAGACCAUCUACAAGAAGCUGACCGGCUCCAAGUUCGACUGCGCCCUUCAUGGAGACCAUUGGGAAGACCUGGGCUUCCAGGGAGCAAAUCCAGCCACAGACCUGCGGGGGGCGGGCUUCCUUGCCCUCUUGCACCUGCUCUACCUGGUGAUGGACUCGCAGACCCUGCUGAUGGCUCAGGAGAUCUUCCGCCUGUCUCAUCACCAUAUCCAGCAAUUCCCCUUCUGUUUGAUGUCUGUGAACAUCACCCGCAUCGCCAUCCAGGCCUUGAGGGAAGAGUGUCUCUCCAGGGAGUGUAACCGGCGGCAGAAGGUCAUCCCAGUGGUGAACAGCUUCUACGCAGCUACUUUUCUUCACCUGGCACGUGUGUGGAGGACGCAGCAGAAGACUAUCUCAGACUCAGGCUUUGUCCUCAAAGACUUGGAAGUAUUGGCCAAGAAGAGCCCAAGACGGCUGCUCAAGACCCUGGAUGUCUACCUAGCCCGGGCGUCAAAAGGACAGGCCUCCUUGUUGGGGGCACAGACGUGCCCUGGAUCACAAGGGCCUCACUCCAAAGAUCUCACCUUCACGGGCGUGUGUGACCUCCACUCUCAUUCACUCGAGGGGUCAGGCUUGCUUUGACCCUCCACAGAGACCGCUCCUAGGAAGGCAGGCUGGGUCGCUGGAGCUUUCAGAACCCGAGCCCUCCGCGCCUCUGCAAGUGAGGUUAGGAAGCUCCGGAGUGUGGGAAGUGACCCU